AUGCCGCUCGAAGCUACUAUGCUAGUUCUCGACAACUCAGAGUGGAUGCGAAAUGGAGACUAUGUCCCCAAUCGCUGGGAGGCGCAGGCGGAUGCUGUGAACAUCCUCUUUGACGCGAAAACCAACUCACACCCUGAAAAUAUGGUGGGUGUAAUGACUAUGGCUGGAAAAGGUCCAGAGGUCCUUGCUACCUUAACACAGGAUAUCGGGAAGGUUUUUGCGGCUCUGCACGAUAGCAAGAUUGCAGGCUCGAUCAGCCUGGCCACUGGUAUAAAUGUGGCCCAGCUCGCUUUGAAGCACCGACAAAAUAAGAACCAGAGGCAGCGUGUCAUUGUUUUUGUCGGCUCACCCGUAGCCGACACGGAAGAAAGCCUUGUUCAACUAGCCAAAAAGCUUAAGAAGAACAAUGUGGCGAUCGAUAUCCUUAGCUUCGGUGAAGAGGCCCAAAACGAGGCAAAGCUUAACAAGCUGAUCGAGACUGUCAACAACAAUGAUAAUAGCCACCUGGUCACUGUGCCACCGGGCGCUGGCCCUAUCGCCGAUACCCUGAUCUCUUCACCCAUCGUUAUGGAGGGCGGUGACAAUGAGGCAGGUCCGUCUGGCAGCGGCAGUGGAGGCGCAUUUGAGUUUGGCGUGGACCCCAACAUGGACCCAGAGCUGGCGAUGGCACUUCGGCUUUCGAUGGAAGAGGAGCAGGCUCGUCAGCGUGCCGCCCAGCAGACCGAACACUCCGAAGAGGCGCAACCUGCUACCGAAGAUGAUAUGACAUUGGCACCAGAAGAUCGCUUGCCUGCAGAGGGUGCUACGGGUUCUCUCGUACCUGUGGAUGCCCCUUCUUUGGCCGGUACAGAGGGUUUGCACACUGAUAUUUCUGAUCAAGCCGAACGAGAGGAUGCACUAUUGCAACAAGCGUUGGCCCUCUCUAAGGGCGAGGCUGUGCCGAUGGAAGAUGAGCCGAUGGAGUCGAACGAUACGUCUACACAGAGAGCUACAGUCGCCGGUAUGAACGAAGGGGAUGAAGAUGAAGAAAUGACGGAGGAAGAGGCCAUUGCUCGCGCUAUCGAAAUGAGCUUGAAGGAUGCAAAAGAGAAUGUUUGA